AUACCUAAUUUAUAAAUUAAACUUUAUCACAGGUAAGUAUGUAUAGGAAAAAUCAUAGUAUAUGUAGAGUUUGGUACUGUCCACAGUUUGAGACUUCCACCGGGGGGUCUUAGAACGUGUCCCCUAGGGAUAAUCAGGGAUUCCGGUAUUUACUAUUGUCUACCAGGGCAGAAUCACACAACUCACAGUCCCAGUGCUCAAGACAAGCCCUCCCUGGUCCUUGGCUCCGGGAGCGCUCUGCAGAAGCACUGUGUGCUGUGGAGAUACGUCCAGGCCUCUUAAGAUAAGCCAGGCCUCUGUCCCUUAAUGGGAUCCUCCUGUGGACAGGCUGCUCCGCCCUUCCAGAAUGCAGUCCCUGGCCCAGAGGGGCAGCUGUGGCACAAGGGGAAGAGCCUGAAGUUGGGAGCGGGGCCCUGGGUUCCAGUCCUGCCUCUGCCACUGUUCACUGGUGACUUUGGAAGUCCUGGCUCUGCUGGGCAGAGGCAGAUCCAGCAGAUGCACUGAGGAGGCUCUUAGACCAUGGAGCCCCUUCCACGCAUGGGAUCUGCAAUGGUGGAAGCCAGCUCCCCAGCUCCAAAGCUCACACGUGGGCAGGGCCCUAGAAGGAGAGAGCUGGUCCCAACCAGUUGGAGCGUCUCAAACCUCAGGCCCCUCUCCUCAAACCCAGGGAGCAGGCCUCAGCCCCAGAUCUGGUUCAUUUGGACCCUGAGGACUCCUGUCUGAGGGCCUCUGGACACAGGAACCGUCCAGUCUUUGUUCCUCUGUGUGUCUACCUGCCUGGGCUCUGGGGGACCCUCCUCCCUCCUGGCUAACUGCCCCUCCCAGACCCAGCUCCAUGAACAGAGGUGCCUUGGUCCCAUGCCAGCUGUUCCAGCUGCUUCAGGUCUGGUGGGGGCCAAGGAGCAAGGUCCCCCCCAAGGCUGACACUCUUGUUGCCAUGGUAGCAGUUGCCUUGGAAGCUGCUUCCCUGACUUCAGCUUCCAAACGGUCCGAGAAAGCUACCCGUCCCCUGGGGGACUGGUGAAUUAAUCACACUCUUUUCCAGGGUUCUCACCCCUCAAGGAAAAUAAACAGAACCAAACCAAGCUGGGGCCUUUUCGCCCACUCUUCCUCCCCACCCCCAUGCCACACUUGGACUUCGUGCUCUGAGAAGGAAGGAGGAUGGGCAGACGCUCUCCAGCCCUUGCCUCGGCAGGAGACAAAGAGAAGAAACUUUGUGAUGGAAUUCAGCAAUGUGCCCGUGGCCUUACCACACCUGAGAACUGUGGCCUCCAAGAGGACCCAGGGUUCCUCCUCUUGGCCUACCCCUUCCUGAAGGCUCGGUUCAACCUGGAACACAUCCUGCCUACCACGGGGAGUCUAAGAAUCCAUCCCCAUCCAGGGCCAGACCACGGGGAAGGAAGAUCCAGCACCAAUGGCAACAAGGAGGGAGCCCGCAGCAGCCUGUCCACCGUGAGCAGGACCCUGGAGAAGCUGAAACCGGGGGCCCGAGGGGCUGAGGAAUGCUGAGGCAAAGGCUGUGAGGCUGCCCCUGCCCGGCCUUCCCGUCCCACCUGCUGCCCCUAUCUGAGUGCCCUCUGGGGGUAGAAGACCCAAACAGGGCAUGAGCCAGGCCCUGCAUACCCCAGAGCAGCCGGGGACAGCGUGGAAUGGGACCUUUUGCACUCGCCUAGCCAAGGCUCUCAGAAAUGGAUUCCACUGGCGUGGGCUGGGGCCCAGAGCAAAGUGUCACCAGAUGCCCCCACAGGGUUCCUUGUUUCAGGCUUCUGCCCCGCCUGUCUUUCUGGACUGCAGCUCAGCUUUGAUCCCUGUUCAAUCUACUGACUGGUCUCUGGAAUUUGGCGUCCAAGACCCUGACUAUGAUCAGGACGCCCCAGUCCCUUGCUCUAACCUGGCUACAGAAGUGAACCACAGGCUCAUAAGAACCACAGACGGGGACUCUCCCUCCCAUGGCCUGGCCCUGGGGCUCUAGAGCUCACAAGCCCAAUAGAGGGGCUAGACAAGAUUCUUUUCCAAAUAUCAAAACUCCUGGCAGUUCCUCAGGGACAGGCUCUGAGCAGCAGUGAAUCAGAUGGGGGAGCUUGAGGGGGCUCCUGAUCGCUGGAGAAGAGCGGCUCACAAAGGGACAGGCACAAACAACCUGCCCCCUGGGGGUCAGAGGAGGCUACUUCUCAGCUGAGCCCAGCCCUGAGACCCCCGGUGUCUAACUCCACCACUCAAGGCUUUUCGUGAUCUGACUUCUCUCUUCCGCCCAUUUGCUCACUGCUGCCCGAACAAGCGAAACACAUUCCUGUCUCCUGCCCUGCGUUCCCCAGGGCCCUCCCUGCUUCUCUCUGCCUAUCAAACUCCCCACCAUUAAAGGCCCAGUUCA